GGCUGCGUUGGACAGAGCGGGGUGGCCUAGCCGGGCAGGGCAGGGGAAGGGUGACAAUCGUGACAAUCGUGACAAUCCCUGCCCAAGGGGGACGUGGGUGGCACCAUGGGUGGUGGGAAGGGAGAAGAUCCAUGAAGAUCCUCGGAGUUGGCGCUCAGGAGCGAAGCUGAGGCGGAUCCAGGAGCGGGAUCGUGGCUGGGAGAGGCCUCCAAGGCUGGGCAGUGCCAGGGGAGCCCACAGGACCUGGAUGCUGGAGGAUGAUGCCGUGUGGGGCUGGUGGCCAGGUGGUGCUGGCGCUGAUGACCUUGUCUUUCAGCUUUGCAGACGAGGAGCUGCUGUGUGCCUGUGAUGUGCCCCACUGCAGCCAGCCCAACUGCACAGGCCAGGUGUGCUUCGUCAGCAAGAGGAAGGAGGAGGGCACCAUCACCCAGCACCGGGGCUGCUUCUCCCAGAACAUUCUGGAACACUGCCACACGCCCGUCACGGAGCAGUACGGCAUGAGAUGCUGCAACUUCCACAUGUGCAACGCCGAGCUGGAGAUCUUCCUGCAAGGAGAAGACGCCCUGGUAAAGGCACCUUCCCUACCCAACCUCCUCCUGAUGAUCUUCGUCCCGCUGUUGUCCCUCCUCGUCCUCGCGGCGCUCACGGCGCUCUUCUGCUGGAAGGUGGCCCAGCAGCGCCACAAGCACAGCGACUUUGGUGACACCGACCUCAUGCUGAAGGCAUCCAUGAUGGGAGACAGCACCCUAGAGGACCUGCUGAACGACGACUGCACCACGGGCAGCGGGUCUGGGCUGCCUUUCCUUGUCCAGAGGACGGUGGCUCGGCAGAUCACCCUCAUGGAGUGUGUGGGUAAAGGGCGCUACGGCGAGGUGUGGCGGGGCGUGUGGCACGGCGAGAGCGUGGCCGUCAAGAUCUUCUCCUCGCGGGACGAGCAGUCGUGGUUCCGCGAGACGGAGAUCUACAACACCGUGCUGCUGCGGCACGACAACAUCCUGGGUUUCAUCGCCUCUGACAUGACCUCCAGGAACUCCAGCACGCAGCUCUGGCUCAUCACGCACUACCACGAGAACGGCUCCCUCUACGACUUCCUGCAGAGGACAGCCCUGGACGUGGACACCUGCCUGGGCCUGGCCUCCUCCAUCAUCUGCGGCCUCGUCCACCUCCACGUGGAGAUUUUCGGCACUCAGGGCAAGCCUGCCAUCGCCCACCGGGACCUGAAGAGCAGGAACAUCCUGGUGAAGAGCAACCGGCAGUGCUGCAUCGCGGACCUGGGGCUGGCCGUGAUGCACUCCCAGAGCAGCGAUUACCUGGACAUCGGCAACAACCCCCGCGUGGGCACCAAGCGCUACAUGGCCCCCGAGGUGCUGAGCGAGCAGAUCCGCACCGACUGCUUCGAGUCCUACAAGAAAACAGAUAUCUGGGCCUACGGGCUGGUGCUCUGGGAGAUCACCCGGAGAACGGUGGUGAACGGCCUUGUGGAGGAGUACCGGCCGCCCUUCUUCGACGCCGUGCCCAGCGACCCCAGCUUCGAGGACAUGAAGAAGGUCGUGUGUGUGGACCAGCAGACCCCCGUGAUCCCCAACCGCCUCUUCUCUGACCCAGUUCUGUCGGCGCUGGCGAGGAUCAUGAAGGAGUGCUGGUACCAGAGCCCCUCCGCCCGUCUCACCGCCCUGCGCAUUAAAAAGACCUUGAGGAAGCUCAGCAAUUCCGCCGAGAAGACAAAACCGGAGCAGUGAGCGCCGGGAACCGGACACCGGAGCCACGGACGGGCGGCACCGGGCACGGGAUGGCUCCGGUCGC